AUGUCAACCAAGUAUCCUAGCACCAUGAAAUGCAUGGAAGCGUUUGAUCAGCUCACCGUGUGCUACUCGGUGGGUGGGCAGUUUCGUAAUUAUUAUAGGUAUGGUGAGUUCAACGCAUGCCAGAAACCACUGGCAAAGCUCAAAUUUUGCCUCGUUAAUGGAAAAGACCCUGUCAAGGUCCAGGAAUGGCACAAGGACCAGAUCGAGUAUAACAAGGCUCAUCGUGGUACUUCUGACGACGUAUGGCAAGAACGUUGA